UGAAUGAAAACAGAAGAUCAAGAAAGGAACGAAAAAUCUUUUGAAUUUGUUAAAAUUUGUGUUACUUUUUUCAGUCGCCCGAGUUCCAUUAAAUUUCUAAACCGUUCCGUAAUUUCUAUUUGAAUCGGUUCCAUAGAUUUAUUUGCCUUGAUUUUAUCCCCUUUCAUCGAUUUCGGUCAUCAGUUGCUUGUGUUUUGGACUCUCACACAGAACCUGAUUAUUGAUCUGCUGCAGCAUGUCCAUCUUCAUGGGUGAUAUGGUCUUACUUAUGAACAAUAUUCUUUUCUCUUUCACAUUUUAAGUUGAAGAUGAACUGGUCAGUUGUAGACUGAGAAUUACUUCCUAAGUUAGUUAGUUUUCAGGCAGGAUCCUGCUUUCAAACUUUUCCAUAAUGGCCAAGCGCUGGCCCCUUGUUUACUUGGGCUUUGAAGAUGAAGCAAUCUCCGAUAAACAUCGACCUUUCUUAUCUUAUACCACGAAUAAAAUUGGUGGGAAACCUGACUGGCACGUCAAGGGCAGUGAAGUUCCAAGUUGUCAGUUAUGUUCGUUUCCUCUUCUGCUGGUAGUUCAAAUCUAUGCCCCCCUACCGAAGUCGCCAAAUCACAGGACCUUAUAUCUGUUUGCAUGCAUUAAUCCUAAUUGUUGGAACCAAAAUGGAAGCUGGGUUUGCGUCCGCAGUGAAUCUACUGACUCAACAUCGGAGACCAAAACAAACACCACUGUAAUCAGCACAGAUGACUGGUGUGGUGGUGCGGAUAAUUGGGGUGAGGAUGAACAGAACGGCAAUCUGACUUACAACUCAUCACCAGAUGAAGACUCCAUCACUAAUGAUUUCACUGAUCUUUCUCUACAAGGGAGAAACAGCACAGGCGGUGAGCUAUCUGAGGCAAUGGGAGGAGGUGCAGCAGGAGCAGAAGCUGAGGGCCGACUCAUGUCUCCGAUUGCCAGCGCAGAGAUAGAAGUGGAAGGCGAAGAGAGAGAGAUGGUAACCAUCGAUACACCAACAGCUCCUGAAGUCAAUAUUGUUGCUUUAUUGGAGCAGGCACCAGCUGUUCCUGAAGUCAAAGCUGAGCUGCUACAGUUUGUGCCAAUCUUCAUUAGUGUCAUGGAAGAAGAAACGACCUAUUCUGGCCUAGAACAUGUAAAUGAUUUAUUGCAGGUCUACCAACAAAAUAAUCCUGGCGAGCUUGAUAACUUCAAUACAAAUCAGAAUCCCUUCCAAAAGAAAGACCGUUCCACGAAUCCCACCAACGUGGAAAAGUACGAACCGAGCACUCCCAGUCACGGUGACAAAAUGUUCCAUCAAUUUGUCACCAAAAUCCAACAGAAUCCAGGCCAAAUUUUAAGAUACUGUCGGGAAGGUGGCUCUCCGUUAUUUUUAUAUCCAGUCCAGGAUACCCCGAGGCAAUGUCAGCACUGCAAGGGAGAAUUGCUUUUUGAAUUACAAGUUCUUCCAAGUUUAAUACCCAAAUUGAACUUACAAACUCCAUCAGGAACUGAAAGCGGUCAUCUAGAAUUCGGAUCAGUUUAUAUUUUUAGUUGCAAAAAAAGCUGUUGGUCAUCGACCGAUAAGUGGAGAAAAGAAAUUGUGAUUGUUCAAGCAGAACGAAUUUAAAACUGUAGGUAUUGUUAUUUUUGAUCUCACCUCUAUCUCAAAUUCUAUCCCUCAUUUCUUAUUUAUCAAACCUUCAUGUUUUUAUCUUUUACUUCAAUUUAAUUAAUUUAAGUAAGUUAUUACUGGCUGGAACCGGUAAAAUCUAAAAAAAAAAUGUGAUAAUUAAUCAUCUUACCAUGUAGUUUAUAAUGUUAUUUUAUUUAGAUUUUCUCCUGAAAGAUCGUAUUUUUACGUCUAUCGUUUGUUAUGCAUUUAUAAUGAAUUAAAAUCUAGAACGUUUUUUGCUGAAGCAGCAAAUAUCAUUAUGCACCCAUUGCCUACGUAAUGUCAAUAUUGAAGUAGGGUUCUCUUUAGUAUUAUCGCGUUAUCCACUGACUAUUUCAUUGCCAAUUUUUACUGUGCAUCAUAAUCUAAAGAUCGCGUCUUUGAGCUCUGAUGCUUUGGGAAAAGUUAGAUGACAAUCUAUGUUGUAUAGUCCUUCAUCCUCCAUUCAGAAGGAGAUGAUCGGAUUUUGAGUUUCUAGCGGUUUUUGUUUUAGCGUUAAUUGCCGAAUACUGUUGCUUUAAGAAAAUUUUUGUUCAAAAUUUUAUGGUUCUGUUGAUGUUAGAUCUUUUAAAAUUAGAUUUCUGAUAAAGAGCAAUAAUACAUGGUAUGUUUUUCUUAUCUGGAA